GACUGGAAGAAGCCUUAGACCCCAGACAGAAAAACCGAGGCCCAGAGAGGGACAGGAAUCUACCCCAAGUCACACAACGUGUUAGUGGCAGGAACCAGGCCAGAACCCGGGUGCCUUGAUUCCUGGUCUGGACAGAGGUGCCAUGCAGUCCCGGGUCCUUCUCGUCACUGCCUUCCUGGUGCUCCUGGCCUCUGCCCGAGCUACAGAGGGGGAGGACCCCUCCCUUCUGGGCCUUAUGCAGGGUUACGUCCAGCAUGCCACCAAGACCGCCCAGGACACACUGACCACCGUGCGGGAGUUCCCGGUGGCCCAGCAGGCCAGGGCCUGGGUGACCGGUCGCUUCACCUCCCUGAAAGACUAUUGGAGCACGCUUACAGGCAAGUUCUCCGGGUUCUGGGAUUCGACCUUUGCCGUCACACCGACGCCAGCCUCUGAAGCCAAGUGAGACCUUGACGCAGCACGUCUUCCUGCCCAUCCAGCCCGCUGGCUCCUUGGGCCAUCCCAAAAGUCGCUUGAAAGUGACGGCAUUCUCACCUUCCGCCCCACCCCAGACCUGGCCCACCCCCAAGCCUCCUGCCCUGCCAAUAAAACUGGAUGAGAAGCUGCCUCGAGUGGGACGUCCCACGCAUGCCAUGUGUGUUCGGGCGUGGAAAUGGGCCAGGGCUCUUCUGUGGGUGGGCGCUGAGCUACGUCUCACUGCUGGCCUGGGGCCAGUGCCCUACGCGCCCGUUAGCAGUCGGGUGGUGUCUGGGCCCAAGUUUCCUCAUCACACGGAGGCAGGAGAGCUCUGCUUCCACAGGCUUGUGUGGAGGAGAAGAUGGGGUAAGAGGUCCGACAACACUUUGAUAAACUGUCAGAUGCUGUA